GCCUCGGAGCGCUGACUGGGUCGGAGCGGCUGAGCCGCGGAGACGCGAGCCCGACCCGCGUUGGCACUGAGGUGGCGGGGACUGGCGGCGGCGGGGCGGCUGGACAUCCCGCGCCGCGCAGGGCAGAUGUUUCGGGACCAGAUGAAGCCUGAGGAGCCCUCCAGCUGUACCGUAAUAGGCCAGGAAGCCUUCUGAGUGCGGACUUGCACAAGGUCGCCCUGCCCCUCUGCACCAUGUCAGGAAGCCAUACACCUGCUGCCAGUGGCCCCUUCUCAGCCCUGACUCCGAGCAUGUGGCCCCAGGAGAUCUUGGCCAGGUCCGCGCAGAAGGAAGAGUCAGUGGAGCAGCCGGAGUUCUACGACGAGUUCGGUUUCCGCGUGGACAAGGAAGACGGUGCCAAUCCCGGUUCCGGCAAGCCGCCGGCUGCGUCUCUCAUGGAGGACCCUCCACAGAGGCUGCGCUGGCAGGCCCACCUGGAGUUCACCCAUAACCACGACGUGGGGGACCUCACCUGGGACAAGAUUGCCAUCUCUCUGCCCCGCUCCGAGAAGCUUCGCUCCCUGGUGCUGGCUGGCAUCCCGCACAGCAUGAGGCCACAGCUGUGGAUGCGGCUCUCCGGGGCCCUGCAGAAGAAGAGGAAUUCCGAGCUGUCCUACCGAGAGAUGGUGAAGAACAGCUCCAAUGAUGAGACCAUUGCUGCCAAGCAGAUCGAGAAGGACCUGCUCCGUACCAUGCCCAGCAACGCCUGCUUUGCCAGCGUGAGCAGCAUCGGCGUGCCCCGCCUGCGCAGGGUUCUGCGUGCACUGGCCUGGCUCUACCCAGAGAUUGGCUACUGCCAGGGCACAGGCAUGGUGGCUGCCUGCCUCCUGCUGUUCCUGGAGGAGGAGGACGCUUUCUGGAUGAUGUGCGCCAUCAUCGAGGACCUGCUCCCUGCCUCCUACUUCAGCACCACUCUGCUGGGGGUCCAGACAGACCAGCGGGUCCUGCGCCACUUUAUUGUCCAGUACCUGCCUCGCUUGGACAAGUUGCUCCAGGAGCAUGACAUCGAGCUGUCCCUGAUCACGCUGCACUGGUUCCUCACGGCCUUCGCCAGCGUGGUGCACAUCAGGCUGCUGCUGCGCCUCUGGGACCUGUUUUUCUACGAGGGCUCCCUGGUGCUGUUCCAGACCACGCUGGGCAUGCUGCGGCUCAAGGAGGAGGAGCUGAUCCAGUCCGAGAACUCGGCCUCCAUCUUCAACACGCUGUCAGACAUCCCUUCGCAGAUUGAGGAUGCGGAGCUGCUGCUGGGGGAGGCCAUGCGGCUGGCAGGCUCCCUCACUGACGUGGCCGUGGAGACGCAGCGCCGCAAGCACCUGGCCUACCUCAUUGCAGACCAGGGCCAGCUCCUAGGGACCAGUGCCACCAGCAACCUCUCGCAGGUUGUGCGGCGCAGGGCCCAGCGGAGGAAGUCUGGCAUCACCUCCCUGCUCUUUGGGGAGGAUGACCUGGAGGCGCUCAAGGCCAAGAACAUCAAGCAGACGGAACUGGUGGCAGACCUCCGGGAAGCCAUCCUGCGUGUCGCACGUCAUUUCCAAUGCACAGACCCCAAAAACUGUAGUGUGGAGCUGAGCCCGGACUACAGCAUGGAGAGCCACCAGCGGGACCAUGAGAAUUACGUGGCGUGCUCACGUAGCCACCGGCGCCGAGCCAAGGCCCUGCUGGACUUCGAGCGACAUGAUGACGAUGAGCUGGGCUUCCGCAAGAACGACAUCAUCACGAUCAUCUCUCAGAAGGACGAGCACUGCUGGGUCGGGGAGCUGAACGGCCUGAGAGGCUGGUUUCCAGCCAAGUUUGUGGAAGUCCUGGAUGAACGGAGCAAAGAGUACUCCAUCGCGGGGGACGAUGCUGUGACAGAGGGGGUCACGGACCUGGUUCGAGGGACCCUCUGCCCAGCUCUCAAGGCCCUAUUUGAACAUGGGCUGAAGAAGCCAUCCCUGCUUGGGGGUGCCUGCCACCCUUGGCUGUUCAUCGAGGAGGCAGCAGGCCGGGAGGUGGAGAGAGACUUUGACUCGGUGUAUUCACGCCUGGUGCUGUGUAAGACAUACAGGUUGGAUGAAGAUGGCAAAGUCCUGACCCCGGAGGAGCUGCUCUACCGGGCCGUGCAGUCUGUGAACGUGACCCAUGACGCUGCACAUGCACAAAUGGACGUCAAGCUCCGUUCCCUCAUCUGCGUGGGACUCAACGAGCAGGUCUUGCACCUGUGGCUGGAGGUGCUCUGCUCCAGCCUGCCUACCGUGGAGAAGUGGUACCAGCCCUGGUCUUUCCUGCGCAGCCCUGGUUGGGUGCAGAUCAAGUGUGAGCUCCGCGUUCUCUGCUGCUUCGCCUUCAGCCUCUCCCAGGACUGGGAACUGCCUGUGAAGAGAGAGCCAGGGCCAAAGAGCUGUAUGUCCAACGUUCUGUCCUUCCUGGAAUCGUCUAUAAAGCCUAGGACCCAGCCAUACCACCCACUUCUUCCGUGGAUUGAACAAAAAUGGACCAAAGGAUGGGGGUGGCUCCUUGAAAUCUGCUGAGAUUUCUGCCAAACAAGAAAGUGAAUGACGUCAGAGACAGGCCUGAGCAGGACCUGAAGGCGGCCACACUCUACACCACAUACGAAAGUGAACUCCAGAUGGGCGGAAGGUCUAAAGUCAGGAGCUUAGACGACAAAACUCUUAGAGGAAAAUGGGAAGUCUUCGUUGGAUUCGGUAAUGAUCUCUUGGUCGUGACACCAAAAACACAGGCGGCGACAAGCAUACAUACAUUGGACCAUGUAAGAAUGUAAAACGUGUGUGUACUGAAGGACAGCAUCGAGAGAAAAGACGAUCCAUGGAAGGGAGGAACUACUCACAUACCAUGUAUCCGAUGGGUCACACCCAGAAUGAAGAACUGCAACUCACCCAACGGAAGAAAGGACAAAGGACUCCACAAAUCUGCAAGUGACCCGUAAUGACAGGAAAGAUGCUCACCCUCAUCAGUCAUCAAAUGCAAACCAAAACUAUCAGAAGAUACCACCAAAGGGCACCUGGGUGGCUCAGUUUUAGUUUAAGCGUCCAACU